AUGUCGGGUCGAGUCCGUUUUCAAGAGCGUCCAGGUAUCACUUAUGUACCAUCGAGUAGAUAUGGAAAUGCUCCUCUUCUGGCUGAUAUUAUAUCUAAACCAAUGCCACAACUUCAUCAUGAGAAUCGUUAUGAUAUGGAUGCAUGCACAGCUGCAAGUAUUGGAGAUGAGAAAGAGCUUCGAAAACUGUUGAAAAUCAAUCCAAAUACCAUGAUCAUGAAAAAUCAAUCUGGCUGGACCCCACUUCUCUAUGCCGCUUAUCUGGGUCAUAACAACGUGGUGGCUUUUCUUCUGGAUAGUGGAGCAACGGUGGACGAUUCUACAAACGGUCGCUGGCAAACGCCGUUGAUGAUGGCUUCAGCAUGUGGAAACCUCAAUGUUGUUCGCCUUCUUUUGGAACGCGGAGCUAACCCAAAAAUCUGUGAUAAGGAGAAAAGACAAGCAAUUCAUUAUGCAGCCAGCUGCUGUCAAAAUGUGGUUGUUGAUACGUUGUUGGCUGCUGGAUGUGACCCAAAUGCAGCAGAUUCUCAGGGAACGACGGCGGUCCAUGAAGCUGCGAUGGCAGGUCAUGAAGUUACUUUCAUCUCGCUUCUCGAAAAAGGAGGAAAUGUUGAUCAGAAGAAUUUAAAAGGAGAGAAUGCGGCUACUUUGGCAUGCGACAACAACAAAAUCUUGCAACUAAUCAGUGAUCAUCAAGCAGAAAAUGCGAAGCAAAAUCCUCAAAUAAUACCUGGAAAUCGAGUUACACGAACGCUAUCUGAACUAUUGGAAGAGAUGGAUUUGGGAAGAUAUGUGGAACAAUUCAAGAGUGAAAACGUUGAUUUGGAAGUGUUUUUCGAAUUGAAAGAGCAGGAUUUUAAGGAUAUGAAUAUUGCAUAUGGACCCAAGAAAAGAAUGUUGGAUGUGAUAAAACGAUACAAGACAACUGGAGUCAUUCGAUCUGAUGCAUUCGAUUCUCCUCAACCAGCAUCUACUUCUCCACGUGGAUACACUAGUCAUGCUGGUGAUGAUAACGAGAAAAUAAAUGGAACUUUGAGAUCGAUUAGAGAUUUGAAUCAAGAAACAAAAACAUUUGUGAUGAAUGCAUUGGAGAGUUUAGGAUCUGGAGAUGCUAACAGACUCCGCGGGCAACUGAUCAAUAUUCUUAAUAACGUCGAAUCAAUCGGUUUGAAAGUGUCUUCUCAUGUUUAA